CCCUCGGGCGGCCUUCUGAGGCUCUCCCGCGUCAGCGCCCUGGGGUCUGACCCUGCGGUGUAGUGUCCUGGCCUGGCGAGAGGGACGGCCCCGUGAGGGUCUUGCCUCCUAGAGCCGCCCCCCGGACGUCAGUCCUGGAGGAGGCGAGGGUUGCUCCGGUUGUUGAAAAGACUAUGAACAGAUCAGAGAACUUACUCUUUACUGGUUCCUCAUCAGCAUCACAAGUUCAUGCUGCUGCAGUGAAUGGAGAUAAGGGUGCUCUUCAGAGGCUCAUCAUAGGAAACUCAGCUCUGAAAGACAAAGAAGACCAAUUUGGGAGAACACCACUUAUGUAUUGUGUACUGGCUGACAGACUGGACUGCGCAGAUGCUCUCCUAAAGGCAGGAGCAAAUGUCAAUAAAACUGACCAUAGCCAAAGAACAGCCCUCCAUCUUGCAGCUCAAAAGGGAAAUUAUCGUUUCAUGAAACUCUUACUUACACGCAGAGCAAACUGGAUGCAAAAGGAUUUAGAAGAAAUGACGCCUUUGCACUUGACCACCCGGCACAAGAGCCCUAAGUGUUUGGCACUUCUGCUGAAGUUUAUGGCACCAGGGGAAGUAGAUACACAGGAUAAAAACAAGCAAACAGCUCUGCAUUGGAGUGCCUACUACAACAACCCUGAACAUGUGAAGCUGCUUAUCAAGCAUGAUUCCAACAUUGGGAUUCCUGAUGUUGAAGGCAAGAUCCCUCUCCACUGGGCAGCCAAUCAUAAAGAUCCAAGUGCUGUUCAUACUGUGAGAUGCAUUCUGGAUGCUGCUCCAACGGAGUCUUUACUGAACUGGCAAGACUAUGAGGGGCGCACACCUCUUCAUUUUGCUGUUGCUGAUGGAAACCUGACGGUGGUUGAUGUCUUGACCUCAUAUGAAAGCUGCAAUAUAACGUCUUAUGAUAACUUAUUUCGAACCCCACUUCACUGGGCAGCUUUACUAGGCCAUGCACAGAUUGUCCAUCUCCUUUUAGAAAGAAAUAAAUCUGGAACUAUCCCAUCUGACAGCCAAGGAGCAACACCCUUGCACUAUGCAGCUCAGAGUAACUUUGCUGAAACAGUACAAGUUUUUUUAAAACAUCCUUCAGUGAAAGAUGAUUCAGACCUCGAAGGAAGAACAUCCUUUAUGUGGGCAGCAGGGAAAGGCAGUGAUGAUGUCCUUAGGACUAUGCUGAGUUUAAAAUCUGACAUUGAUAUUAACAUGGCAGACAAAUAUGGGGGCACAGCUUUACAUGCUGCUGCCCUUUCUGGCCACGUCAGCACUGUGAAGUUAUUAUUGGAAAAUGAUGCUCAAGUAGAUGCUACUGAUGUCAUGAAACAUACUCCACUUUUCCGAGCCUGUGAGAUGGGACACAAAGACGUGAUUCAGACACUUAUUAAAGGUGGAGCAAGGGUAGAUCUAGUUGACCAAGAUGGACAUUCUCUUCUACAUUGGGCAGCACUGGGAGGAAAUGCUGAUGUUUGCCAGAUUCUAAUAGAAAAUAAGAUCAAUCCGAAUGUGCAAGAUUAUGCAGGACGAACCCCUUUGCAGUGUGCUGCAUAUGGGGGAUAUAUCAACUGCAUGGCUGUGCUCAUGGAAAAUAACGCAGACCCUAACAUUCAAGACAAAGAGGGAAGAACAGCUUUGCACUGGUCCUGUAACAAUGGAUACCUUGAUGCCAUUAAAUUAUUACUAGACUUUGCUGCUUUCCCUAAUCAGAUGGAAAACAAUGAAGAGAGGUACACACCUCUUGAUUAUGCUUUGCUUGGUGAGCGCCAUGAAGUAAUCCAGUUCCUUUUGGAGCAUGGGGCCUUGUCCAUUGCAGCCAUACAAGAUAUUGCCGCCUUCAAAAUCCAAGCUGUCUACAAAGGAUACAAGGUCAGAAAAGCUUUUCGAGACCGGAAGAAUCUCCUUAUGAAGCAUGAGCAGCUGAGAAAAGAUGCUGCAGCUAAAAAGCGGGAGGAAGAAAACAAGCGAAAAGAGGCAGAACAACAGAAAGGACAGCUGAGCCCAGAUUCCUGCAGAUCACAAGCCCUUCCCUGUCUGCCCAGCCCCAUUCUGCAGAAUGAGACCAGCAGGAAGAGCAGGGCUCCCAGCAAACAGCCUCCUGCCAGCCACAUAGCCCAAGACCCUGAGCUGAGAGACAGCGGAGGGUCUCCAGGUGGGACUCCGGGCAAAGCCUCUCAGAAGGAGCCGCAUGUUUCCUCAGACCUUCAGGAAACAGACUCCAGAAAGCCAAACGAAACAUCCAGUGAACACCAUUCUAAAGGCCACUCUGCCUGUGUCCACAACAGACCCAGUGAAGACAGUGAGGGACACAGGCGUCUGGGAGUCUCCUCGCUUGAGAAGACCAGAGGCGAGACGGCUGGUGAGCAGCCGUGUGAAAGGGGCAAAGGCGCACUGAAGCAGCCCUCCUGUGUCAGGGUGGCCGGGCCUGAUGAGAAAGGAGAGGACCUUCCACAGCAGGACGGCCACCGGAAGCCGGGCAGGCGGCAUGAUGCAGUCCCCAAGGCCAGAAAUCCCCCCCAGAAAAGGCGCCUUCAAGAGCUCAGAGGAAGGUGCUCCCCAGCUGGUUCCAGCCGGCCUGGCAGUGCCAAGGGGGAGGUUGUUCAUGCUGGGCAGAAUCCUCUCCACCAUCGCACACCAAGAAACAGAGAGACACAGGACAAGCUCCCAGGAGGGGUCUAUUCAGAUUUGCCACAGAGCACAGAGGAGAUGAGGUCAGGAGCCAGGAAACUGGGGACAUCUACCCUGUCUGAGGAUGCUCAGGUAUCUAAGGACAUUGAUCCAGCAUCUGGACCCCUCUCUGGGCAGAGUGUGAAUAUUGACCUUCUCCCUGUAGAGCUCCGACUGCAGAUAAUCCAGAGAGAAAGGACUAGGAAAGAGCUGUUUCGCAAAAAGAACAAGGCAGCCACCAUCAUCCAGCGUGCCUGGCGAAGCUACAGGCUCAGAAAGCACCUGUCCCACCUGCUGCACGGGAAGCAGCCUGGAGCUGGAGACGGGCACAAAUGGAGCCGUGAGUGCACAUCAUUGCUCCUCCAGGUUUGGAGAAGAGAACUGGAAGUAAAGCUCCCAAAGACUGUGGCAGUCAUCAGGGUUCCCAAGAGCCCAUCCAAGGGCAUCUCAGGCACCAAGUCUACCAGGCACUCAGUGCUCAAGCAGAUUUAUGGUUGUUCUCUGGAAGGAAAAGUACAUCAUCCUACAAGACUUUCCAGAGCCCCUCCUGCUCUGCAUCUCAAUUCAGUGAGCAAUUUGCAAUGCAUACAUCUCCUUGAGAACAGCGGAAGAUCGAAGAACUUUUCUUAUAACCUGCAAUCAGCUGCAAAAUCAAAAAACAAACCAAAGCUUUGAUGGCCUGUGGAGAAAGCUGUAAACAAAUCAGAAGCAGAAAGGAAAGAACUUGCUAUGAUCAUGGAACAACACAAGUGGAAUGAUGUGUUUGGAUUUGGGAAUUGCUAACCUUGAUAGCAGGUUGGAAGGAUGACCAAGGGUAAGAAGG